AUGAAAGAAUACGGGUAUUACCAAAGUAACGCUAAUCAUACCCUGUUCCUCAAAAGAAGAAACGGCCUCGCAACUUGCCUGAUCAUAUAUGUAGAUGACAUGAUUAUUAUCGGAAAUGAUGUGGAAGAGAUAACACGGCUGGAAAAGAAUUUGUUUUCAAAGUUUGAAAUGAAAGACCUUGGGAAUCUCAAGUAUUUCCUCGGAAUAGAAGUUCUCAGGUCUAAACGGACGAUUUUCAUCUACCAAAAGAAGUAUGUCCUUGAUCUUCUGGUUGAAACUGGUUUGAUUGAUUGUAAACCAGCAGAUACGCCAAUGGUGGUGAACCACAAUCUUCACAUGGAACUUAAUGGCGAGCUUGCAGACAAAGAUAGGUAUCAACGGCUCAUGGGCAAGUUAAUUUAUCUCUCCCACACUCGCCCUGAUAUACCUUAUGCUGUUGGAGUGGUAUAUCAGUUUAUGCACCAACUGCAAGUUGCUCACAUUGAAGCUGCUUAG